AUGGCCGACUUCGGUAUGGUACCUGUCAUGGAGAUAAACUGCGAGGCUCCCAUGUCGACACUCUACACAGAGCUGGACGAACAGGAACAACGCGUCACUGCAGGUACUCCAGGCAGCGGCAUUAGCACUGGCAUUCCAAAGGUGGAAGUCAGCAUGGCCAGCGCCAAGAAGGUCGGAAGAGUCAUCGCGGCGUACUAUGGCACUGUUCCCAAUGGUUUCUUGGCCACUGUGGUGGGAUUGCACGUCGACGCUGCCAAAACAGCCACCGCCGCAAGGACCUUUCGUAGGAUGAAGAGCGACCUCUUUGUCGAGAAGUUCGGCACAGGCUCCUUCAUCUACAAGUUCGCUCGCGGCAAGGUCAGCACGUCCGACUUUCUCACCUAUCAACACAAUUUCGCCAUCGAGGCGCGCAUCUGUGAGUUCGCGAUUCCAAACGAGAAUGAGGCCGCCAUUGCUCGUCGCGCCGCCAAACGCCAGGCAUUACUCGAUGCAAUAGCAUCAAGUGAGCAGGUCUGGAUCGACACAUACACUGUCGCAUUCAACAAGGCUAAAGCGGCACACGAAAAAGCACGUGGUCUUAGGAAAGUCCGAUUGGCACGAACACGCGACCUUUGCGAAGAGCUCAUGGCUAACCCGCCCCGUUGCGCCGUCGACGUUACGACGCUCCUCAAUCGCCGAGCAUGCGAACAAGCAAAGAUGAUCCCGUUGCUGCUCCGUACGAUGGACGAACGCGUCAGGUUCUGGUUCGAUCACGUCACCAAAGACACAAUCGCGUCUCACCUUGAGAAAGCGAUGUCUGUGGUCGACAUUCGGCGCAUGUGCAUCGAUGAAGUCGCGAACCCUCCGGAGGUCAUCCCUCCGUUCCACACAAUUGUGGGGAACGUGUUUUCGUACUCUUGCGAGCUUCUGCAUCGUCUGAUCAUCGCGCCGGAUGAUAGCAAGCGUCUGCAGCUGCUGCUCAAUGAUCGUUCGCUCCGAAUGGCAAGCGUCGACAUGUCGGGUGACCUGUCCCCCGAAUGCUUCGGUCUUAUCCGCGGCCUUCGCAACUCUCUGGACUUUGAGGCAGCAGGAAACGGAUCAUGGAAAGAUAUUCCUGUCUUGGUCCCAGAGAUUCGAGGCAAGAAGCGCUCAGCGCCUGAGGAAGAUGGACGGAACACGGACUAG